GUACAUUCCCGCACAACAGAACGGCUCAGCGUGGAUGCACAAUUGCAAAUGGCAGGAAGAACAGCCAAUAACACUGCACGUCUUGUUGGUAACGUUUGGCGCGUCCUGCUCGUAUCGGGGUUGUUGAAUCCCCCGCAACACUUGUCUUACCAAGGCUCUGGACGGGACGUGGAAUUUUCGAUCGAAGCAUCAUGCCGCUAGCAGUCGACGGGCUUGAGGCUCUAUGAGGGCGCAAUCUCAUUAAAUAUGCAGCCCGGUUCCUGUCCAAUACGACGAAUCUUCUUGACCUCCGGGGUCUUCGCAGCAAACCCUUCCACAGCGCAUUGUCCUUCGCGGUCUUCCACACGCCAGACCAAUUCUUCCAAGCACACGACGCAGCUUCGUGACUUCAAGUCAGCAAGAUGUCAAACCACAAGCCAGAGCGCCCGGUGUGUCAGCACGAAGAACAAUCUUCAUGAAAUGUUUCCCGAUCUAGAGGUCCUACCUCGCCCUGAGCCCAAUUAUGCCUCGAAGGAAGAGCAUAUUUCCUGGCAGCAGGAGUAUGAGCAGUGGCGGGGGCUCAGAUGUGGCUGUGGCCGAGGAUACUUUUGCCGAGAACAUGGAAGCUGGAUCUCCGGGCUCGAGGUUGGCUCCAAGGUGGCUGUUACUUGGGAACAGCAACAGCGUGGCUUGUGCCCGAAUACCACUACAAAGUUCAGGCAGUGGGACAAUGCAACACCGUGGCUCGGGUGCUUAUUCCCUUCGCAGGUUACGAGAACAUCCCCGCUUACGUCGGUCAGCGCGACGGCCUCGCACCCCAGAGCCCUGAAGAUUGAGAUCUGAUCAUGAAUCACCUACCGGCCGUUUCAGCCGCUGUCCCUUCCCUUGACGUUGACCGAUGCCCGGGACGCUAACUCUUUUGGUCUUUGCCCGAGUACUUGGCUUGUCCUGCCUUUUGGCUGUCUUUCCUUUACGACCUCUAGUUCUGCUCACUUGCUUGCCUGACAUAUACUUACUGGUAUUGAGCGGUAAUGGGCUAUGACUUCUUUGUGGAAUCCAAAGACUUUCUCAUCGAUGCCGCGGAUCUUGAGACAAGAUUGAGAGUAACAGUAGGUAGCACAGACUUCUAAGCUUUACUAGUAGUGGAAGUUUGUCGCGCAAUUGUCGCAC